AUGAACUAUAACUACUCUCUUGCGGCUUCUUUUCAAUCAGCAAGACGCUCUUCUUCAUUCAUACCCCCGGAAGACAAUACCCCCAUUUCUCCCAUCAUUACCAGCACUUCUUCAAGAAAUUCUAAGGGCUCCCCCAUCGAUCUUGACGAUAUAACGAAGGAGUACCAGCGCUACAAAAGGAUGCUAUCUACUGCCAGCUGCUCCUCUGAUAAGGACUUUGCGGAUAAGGAAAUCGGACUUCGUGAGAUGCUCGAUUCGGACCGCUUAGACACAAAAACUUUCUUCUCGACUCCUAGACUGUCCCAUGUGCAUUUACCAACCACGUCGGAGUCGAUCAUCAAGGACUACGAGCUGAAGAUGGAAAGGAGACGCAGCGUAUAG